GUCAUUCUGUCAUACAAUAUGCUACCUGAUCUUAAGAAAGGCCAGAAGAUAAACAACGAUCAAUCAUCGGCUAUAUUCAUGGGAGAUGACAAGAACCUACAACCAAAUGCAAGACGUGUUCGUGGAUUAUUGUGAUGGUGCUCUGCAUCCUGCUGAUGUGAAGAAUAAUCUUUCAAAAGCAAUAAAUGAGAUAUUGCAGGCAGUUCGUGAUCAAAAGCUUCACUUCAAAAGCAACAAUGAUGCUGAAGUUCUGGUUGAUACCGUUAAGUCCACCCAGUUGUCCUCGACUGAGAAUCUGCCUAGCAGUAUGCCCAUGAUGACAGCGGAGGAGCGGUUCAAAAUCCUGCAGGGCAUUGCAGAGGAGUGCACUGAGGAGGCCGAGCUGAGAUGGCUGCUGCAGGAGAAGCCCAAUCCAAUCUGCUAUGAUGGAUUUGAGCCUUCUGGCCGCAUGCACAUUGCACAGGGUGUUGGGAAGGCGAUAAGUAUUAACAAGAUGCUCAAAGCUAGAUGCAGAGUGAAAAUCUGGAUAGCCGACUGGUUUGCGAUGCUCAAUAACAAGAUGGGAGGGGAUUUGAACAAAAUCAGAACUGUUGGCAGCUACAUGAUUGAGAUUUGGAAAGUACUUGGCAUGAACGUGGACGGGGUCGAAUUCCUAUGGGCCUCAGAAGAAAUCGAGAAGCGUGGAGAUGAGUACUGGUCACUUGUGAUGGACAUCAGCCAGAAAAGAAAUUUCAAGAGGAUAGUCAGGUGCUCCCAAAUCAUGGGUCGAAGAGAUACUGAUGCCCUGACUGCUGCACAGAUUAUGUAUCCCCUCAUGCAGUGUGCUGAUAUAUUCUUCCUCAAGGUAGACAUAUGUCAGAUGGGCAUGGAUCAAAGAAAGGUGAACGUGCUUGCCAGAGAAUAUUGCAACGCCAUUAGAAGAAAUAAUAAGCCCAUUAUACUGUCACACCAUAUCCUACCAGGUAUUAAAGAAGGUCAGCAGAAAAUGUCAAAGAGCGAUCCAUCCUCGGCCAUUUUUAUGGAAGACGAUGAGUCUCAGGUGAACUCCAAGAUAGCACAGGCUUUCUGUCCGCAGAAAAUUACUGAAGGAAAUCCAUGCUUGGAGUACAUCAAGUACAUCGUUUUCCCUUGGUUCGAAAGGUUUGAUCUGCUUCACAAGGACGCUGACGGUGGUAGCAAGACCUACAACAGAAUAGAAGAACUCUUUGAAGAUUAUGCUAGUGGUGCUCUGCACCCUGAUGAUGUUAAGCCUGCUCUUGCAAAAGCAAUAAACCAGAUACUACAGCCUGUUCGUGACCACUUCAGCAACAAUCCUGACGCCAAAGUUCUGCUUGAGACAGUAAAGGCGUACAGAGUAACGAAUUGAUCUGAAGCGCAGGGUGGUGCAGCUGCGCUUGAUCAUAUCACCACGGACCUCGGACGCGGUAGCGUAUGAUCAGCUGCGUCCACACGUAGAAUGAGUGGAUUAUAGAUUGCAAGCUUGUUUAGUGCAGAAUCUCGUUUUAGUCACGAAGUAACUAAAUCCCCAUGGUUAGCAUAACCUGUGAUGUGAAUAUGUUGAUCUCUGUCCCGGCUUUCGCGCGCGCAGUGGUCCAAAAUUCAAAACGCAUCGUGUGGGCCGUCCCCUCAUCCUGGACUAGUACUGGGCUGAGCAAACUCCUCUUGACGGGCCAGCAGGCCGCCCAGAUCCACUCACUUAUCGUGUCUUGUAAGCCCAGCGAAUACUUACUUUUUCACAUGUUAGCCUGAAUUUGUUGUUUUCUUGA